AUGAAUUCUUUCAUCCAGGAUAGCGCUAUUGAUCUUUCUCUCGACUCGCAACAGCAUUACGCACAUCUGCUUCUCCGCACCUCCCCAUCUCGGCUCUUCUCGACUUCACCAAUCUGGAGGAAAAAUACGAGAGAUCCAGAUGUCACACUUUUAGGUUCAGUUCGAGGUGUUGGCGACGCUGUGACGAACCUAAGGUCGAAUGGAUACAGUAUUGCAUUAACGAUUUAUCACUGUGUCUUCCCGCAUUUUGAGAAGGUCGUCGCAGUCCAGCAGAGUUCAUCCCUGCCAUUUUCUCCCGUACGGUGGUAUCUGCCCAUCUUUUGUGGACGCAAGUCUACAUCUAGUUUGUAUAGAGGGCCUCACGCAGACCGAUCAAAUCCCGCAUUUUCUGAGAUUAUCGAACUCUCAGCCUCCAACUUGGAGUUCAAGGACCGUUCACUUGACGAGGGCGAGCAGGACGACGAUGUUUACUUCCUCCUUCCUGGAAAAGAAAACUUCGUCACAGCCAGGAGCCUGAUCACGCUUGUGAACAAAAGACUGUUUCGACCAUUGAGUAUUUCUAAAUCAUAUUCCAUGUUCGAGUUAACCGUCACCGGCGGGCUGGUCUUACAUCGCAAGACGAGAAGCUACAAACAUUGCGGAUGUGACGAUGUAGUGCUCCAUACUGCUCGACCUAUUCAGGCUGUCGUGGUUGUUGCCAGCGACGGGGACGAUGCAAAUGCAGUCUUUCUCGUUGGUGUGAUGAACUUCCAGUAG